AUGGCACCCCGUUUAGCUCAUCGCAAAUCCCGCGCAGGAUGCAGGCGGUGUAAGGAGCGAAAAGUCAAGUGCAACGAACAACAUCCUUCCUGUAGCGCCUGUUUGCGUCAUGGAGUUACGUGCGAGUACACAGACGCUCCUGUUCAAGCCAAAGCCUUGCCAGAUCAGUCCGAUCAGUCGAUUUCUCGGGGAAGUACUCCAGUUACUGGCGAAACCACCACUGGCAAUCUCGCGACUAGAGAAACACCCACUUCGACACAAGGGCAGACACCACUCAAUGGACCAGAUACUCCAUACUCAGACAUUGCUGGAAGCCUCGCUCUAACAGAAUCGAGACGACAUGCCCUCGAGCUAUUCCUGCUGCACAGGUUUACGUUUACGGUCGCGACUACAUUUCCAUCCUUUCGAUAUGAAUCCACAAAGCUAUUGUACACGCACCAAGCUCCUAGCCUCGCUUGCGACAAUCGUUUUCUGUUUGAUACGAUAUUUGCAGUAACCGCGCUGCAUAUCUGCAAGACUGUUCCAUCGCCUAAAAUAGGUUACACCGAGCAGGAUGAGCUACCUGAAACCUUUCGUGGCAUGGACUUUGCUCAACUCCACCGGAUCUAUCUGAAUCAAGCAAUUCGAAAACAAAGAGAAGCCAUUUCAUCCCUGGGACCAUCCAACUCCGACGCCAUUGGUCUGACGUCUGUCUUGCUCAGUAUCAUGGCAACCUGCCUCUUACCCGAGGCUGAAGGCUCGGGAGAAAUCUACAAGCCACCAAUACAAUGGCUACGUAUGGCCUCAGCAGUCGCGAUCGUGUUCCAGGCAGCUGCUCCGCAUGUUCGGCCGGGCUCGAUCAUGAUGACCUAUUUUCAAAAGGAUAGGAAACCGAGCUUCGCUGAUAGUGAAUACCUAUUCAACCCAUCACACACCAACCCAUUCAAGAAAUUGCUUGAGUUUCAGGCCUCGAGCAGCACACUUUUUGGGCAUGUGGACCUCCGCGAGACCGACCCAUUGAGAAAAGAAACCUGUCGCCUGACCCUAGCAUUAGUGGGAUCGAUUCAUACCGCUAUUCGAGAAGGCGAACCAUCUCACUAUAUUUGUCAGCGGGUUACCUCUUUUGCCCCCUUGUGCCCAACGAACUUUAUUGAUUUGCUAGCGGAUAAGAAACCACUGGCAAUGUUGAUACUGGCGCAUUACAUGGCGAUGAUGAAGCAUCUUGAUGAGGACUUUUGGUGGUUUAAGGGCCGCCCUGAGAGAGACAUCUACGGCAUACAGAGUAUACUGCCAGAAGAAUGGCAAUGGGGUCUUGCUUGGCCUCUGGCCGUGCUGACAUCACCGCUCAAAGCCCACCUCGAUCCGAAGCCGUUUCAAAUUGUGUAG